UUCAAAACAAAUGCACCGGGGUCACUUUACACAAAGUUAUUUAACACGCAAACCGAUGGAACAGAAGCUCAGAUCGGAUUAAGAAGGCUUGUGGUACUGGAUGUCCGUCAGUUUUGAAACGUUUCAAUCUCAAAACGUUGGUGAACAGCUCGCUUUACAAUCAUUUAUGGAUCUUUUACGGUGUCAAACGCUUGAAAGACUUUGAACGAAGGUAACUUCAUCUAAUCGUUCAGUAUGUUUUCUCUCGACUCUCCGUGGAAUAUUUCUUUCGCCGGAUGUGGCUUUCUGGGUAUCUAUCACAUUGGAGUGGCCAGCUGUCUUCAACAACAAGCGCCGUAUCUGGUGGAGAAUGCGCGUCACAUUUACGGCGCGUCCGCGGGCGCGCUCACGGCCUCUGCGCUGGUCAGCGGGGCAUGCCUGGGAGAGGCUGGGGCCAACAUCAUUGAUGUGGCUAAAGAAGCUCAAAAGCGUUUCCUGGGGCCCAUGCACCCCUCCUUCAACCUCAUCAAGAUCGUGAGGACCAUGAUGCACCGCACAAUGCCGCCCGACGCCCACAGCAGGGCGACCGGCCGCCUGGGCAUCUCUCUCACCCGAGUCACGGAUGGAGAAAAUGUGCUGGUGUCACACUUUAGCAGCAAUGAAGAACUAGUGCAAGCAUGUAUAUGCAGUCUGUACAUUCCUGUGUACUGCGGCCUGAUACCUCCGACCCUGCAAGGAGUGCGGUAUGUGGAUGGUGGUAUCAGUGAUAAUUUGCCUCAAUAUGAACUGAAAAACACCAUCACAGUGUCUCCAUUCUCUGGAGAAAGUGACAUCUGCCCACGUGACAUCAGCUCCACAAACCUGCAUGAGCUAAGGUUCACAAACACGUCCAUUCAGUUCACACUGGCCAACCUCUACAGAGUCUCCAGAGCACUGUUCCCACCUGAUCCACUGGUGAUGAAGAACAUGUGCAAGCAGGGAUACAGAGAUGCUUUACACUUCCUGAAGAAAAAUGGUUUGUUACAGUUUCAAGGUCCACACCGAAUGCUGGGCAUGGCAAAUGAGGGGGCAGAGGGAAACUCGGAUGAUGAGGAGGAUGAAGGUCCUGAUGAAGAGUCACAGAGCAGAGAGAACAGAGAAACAGAAAACAACAAUCACUCCAGCGUCGAGGAACACAUUCUUGAACACCUUCCUUCUCGAUUACAUGAAGCGCUUGUGGAGGCCUGUCAGGAGAGGCGGAGUCUGUUGCAGUCCCUAAGCAACCUGCUACCAGUCAGGAUGGCGUCUGCCGUACUGUUACCGUACACACUUCCUCUGGAGUCAGUUGUGUCUCUUAGCAUCAGACUGUUAGAAUGGUUGCCAGAUAUUCAGGAGGAUGUGGGCUGGAUGAAGGAACAGACUGUCAAACUGCUGCAGAGUGUAUUAACUCACGCCGGGAGGAGUGUGUCACAGCAGGUGUCUGCACACUUUUCCUAUCAGCUGGAAUUGAAACAUUCCCAGUCCGUCCCGGCCAGCUUCAGUGCGGUCCGCCUGCUGCCGGGUUGGGUCAGUGGGGGCAGCUCAUCGGUACUGGAUGCCAUGCUGCGAUUGGACCAGUACCAGCGCCAACUCCUGCCAGGAUUGUUCUGUGUCAAUCUGGACUUUCGAGGGUCUUUCACCACUACACACCAAGACGCAGAUGAGGGUCUUAGCAUGCGACCUCUUGGACCCCCAAACACCAGCCUGCUCCCUUAACAACUGGGCCUACUGGAGGACCAACAUUUAUGCAACUUUUAAUCAGUGAGGAGGUUCUGAACUAAGGCAAUCAUGACUUCUUUGAGAUUGUCAAAGAAGUGCAAACUAAAAACUUUAUAUUUAUUUACAGCCUGAGAAAACUGGACAAAUGUAUCUGGAAUAAAUGCUGCAUGUCAGAGUGGAAUUUCAUUUUAAAGGAAUGUUCCGGGUUCAAUAAAUUCCUCAUCUCAAUAUAUAUAUUCGACAGCAUUUGUGGCAUAUAAUAUGCAUUACUACUAAAUAAAUUUAGAUUCGUCCAUCAGUUUUAAUAAAAAGCUAAAGUUGUGGUUACAGUAACGCAGCCACUAUGAAAGUACACAGGCCAUGCAAUAAACAUUAAAAUACACACUAUGUUAAAAGUAUAGCUACGAGCCUUGAAUUUGAUAUGUUAACAAGUGUGAUAGUAUUAUUAAUUUUGUUUGUAUAAAAUUAUAUUCAGUUUUUCAACUUCACAGGAAUUACGUCUGUAACAUUCAACUAGAAGUUCAUCCUCCUAGAAAAGCAGUCCCACUUCAAAAGGUCGAUUUGGCAACUUUACAGCCCAAAUAAUGAACAGUUUUCAAUGAAUAAUUAAUAUCAGCGAUUGAGCAAAAAUAUGAGCUUCACAUUUCUGCUUUGAAACCCUCCUGAACACUGUCCCUAUAGACUUCCACAGUAAGUUCAUUACUGUAACCAGGAUUUCUGCUUUUUUUAAGAACUGAAGGAGGAGCUGAAAUUAUUUUCUGUGAUAAAGGGAUAGCUCAGCCAAAAUAUGGAUCUAUUUCUCACCCACGCCUAUCAUAUCACUUCUGAAGACAUGGAUUAAAACACUGGAGUCAUAUUGAUUACGUUUAUGCUGCCUUUAUGUGCUUUUUGGAACUUCAAAGUUCUGAUCACCAUUCACAUGCAUUGUAUGGACCUACAGAGCUGAGAUAUUCUUUGAUAAAUCUUAAUUUGUGUUCUGCAGAAGAAAGAAAGUCAUACACAUCUGGGAUGGCAUGAGUGUGAGUAAAUUAUGAAUAAUGAAAAUAAUUUUCAUUUUUGGGUGAACUAUCACUUUAAGACUAUUGGAAAGAAAUGUCAUGUCUCUCCGAAUGUCUUCGAAUGUAUCUUGCAUGCCCUUGUCAAUGUAUUUAUGUUUUGAACUCCUGUGUGCACCUCAUCACUGUUUCACACCUGGAUAAGAAUGUGAAAGUAAUAUAAACUCAGGACGGAAGGGAUGCCAGACAAACGUAAUGUUACUGGACUUUGAUUGAAAACAAACAAUAUGGCAAUAUGCCCUGUCAAUGCAACAAACAAUGCUGCUACUGUAUUGAACAGACUUUUCGUUCCUUGUUUUAAUUUUACAAAUUUUUUUUUUUUUUUAAAUGGUUGCCAGACACAGAUUAAGGUUAGUCCCAGACUGAGCUAAUCUGAUAAUCCACUGUAAUUGCUUCAUAAUCUGAUGCUGUGCUUUUUUUGUGAGACCAUCCUCCUAAUCUGCAGUGCAUUUGUGCGAAUUCAAGAUCGCAGCCAUUUCUGCCCAGUUUUCAAGUCGUCAGUAUGUAGUCAGAUUACAAAAUGAGUUAACACCUAAUAAAGGUAUUUUUUUUUUUUUUGCAUAUAAAUGCCUAUAUUGACUGUUUGUUUAGGUUGU